UGUUAUGGAGAGCAACCACCAAAGUAAUUACAAGCUCAAUAAAACUGAGAAGAAGUUCUUAAGGAAACAGAUUAAAGCCAGCCAUACGCUGCUGAGACAUGAAGGCAUUGAGACAGUAUCCUGUGCCACUCAGAGCCUGGUUGUUGCCAACGGUGGUUUGGGUAAUGGCGUGAGUAGAAACCAGCUGCUUCCUGUUUUGGAGAAAUGUGGACUGGUCGAUGUCCUCUUAAUGCCACCUAAUAAGCCCUACUCAUUUGUAAGAUACAAAACCAUAGAAGAAUCCAAGAAGGCCUAUGUUACACUCAAUGGAAAAGAGAUAGUGGAUGAUUUGGGACAAAAGAUCAUUCUGUACUUGAAUUUUGUGGAAAAAGUAGAAUGGAAAGAGAUGGAGCUUCAGAGCUUACCUCCAGGCCUUACGGUAGUGGAAGAAAUUAUUUCUUCUGAGGAUGAGAAAAUGCUUUUGCAAAGCAUUAAUUGGACUGAAGGUACAGACAAUCAGAAUGUUAAAAAAUCUUUAAAACACAGAAGAGUAAAGCAUUUUGGCUAUGAAUUCCAUUAUGGGACCAACAAUGUAGAUAAAAAUAAUCCAUUACCUGGGGGUCUUCCUGAGAUUUGUGAUAGCAUUUUAGAGAAAUGGUUGAAAGAAGGUUACAUUAAGCACAAGCCUGAUCAGUUGACCAUAAACCAGUAUGAACCUGGUCAUGGAAUUCCUGCUCAUAUUGACACACAUUCUGCUUUUGAGGAUGAAAUCAUUUCUCUCAGUUUGGGGGCAGAGAUUGUCAUGGAUUUUAAGCACCCAGAUGGUGUUACAGUACCAAUCAUGCUGCCUCGUCGGAGUUUGCUGGUGAUGACAGGAGAAUCUAGAUAUCUUUGGACCCAUGGGAUCACACCUAGAAAAUUUGAUACUGUUCAAGCAUCUGCGGGUCAUAAAAGUGGAAUUAUCCUCAGUGAUGUUGGAGACUUAACUUUACACAAGAGAGGAAUGCGGACAUCGUUUACAUUUAGGAAGGUGAAGCAAACAGCUUGUGAUUGUAGUUACCCUUUAGUCUGUGACAGCCAGAGAAAAGAAACUCCCCCUUCAUUCCCAGAAAGUGAAAAGGAAGCCUCACUCCUGGAGCAGGAGUAUGUCCACCGAGUCUAUGAAGAGAUCGCUGGCCAUUUCAGCAGCACAAGACAUACCCCGUGGCCACACAUCGUGGAGUUUCUAAAAGCUUUGCCAAGUGGUUCGAUAGUGGCUGACAUUGGAUGUGGAAAUGGAAAGUACCUGGGCAUCAAUAAAGAGUUACAUAUGGUUGGUUGUGAUCGUAGCCAAAACCUUGUGGACAUUUGUCGGGAGAGGCAAUUUCAGGCCUUUGUGUGUGAUGCGUUGGCAGUACCGGUCCGCAGUGGGUCUUGUGAUGCCUGUAUCUCCAUCGCUGUCAUUCACCAUUUUGCAACAGCAGAGCGUAGAGUGGCAGCUCUACAAGAACUUGUUCGACUCCUGAGACCUGGUGGGAAGGCACUCAUUUACGUCUGGGCAAUGGAACAAGAAUACAAUAAGCAGAAGUCCAAGUAUCUAAGAGGAAACAGAAAUAGCCAAGGAAAGAAAAAGGAGAUUAACAGUGAUGCAUCAGUGCAAGAGUUGCUUGUGGAGCAAAUACCUGAUGUGGAUAAUCAAGAUUCAGCAUGUUCUGUCCCUGGCAUUAGUGACUUCCAGGAGGGAGGCUGUCAUUCAAGUAAAGUUACUCAUUCUAAACUGCCUAUUCAUACCAACAGGACUUCUUUUCAUUCUCAAGACUUGCUGGUUCCCUGGCACUUUAAGGGAAAUCCUGCUAAAGACAAACCUGUUGAGCCAUUGGGUCCAGGAGGAUCCCUUGACCCAAGUCCAGUGUUUCAUCGUUACUACCAUGUAUUCUGUGAGGGAGAAUUGGAAGCUGCCUGCCAGACUCUGAGUAAUGUCAGCAUUCUGCAAAGCUACUACGAUCAGGGAAACUGGUGUGUGAUUCUUCAAAAGCUCUGAUUACUUAUAUAAACAUAUCAUUUAAAGGAAGACAUGCUC